AUGUUGCGCGAGCGCCGGACUGUGUGUGCCGCGGGCCGCCCGCCGCACGGUUUCCCAGCCUGCCACAUCGGGCAGUUCCGCUGCAGCAACGCGCUCUGCAUCCCGGCGACGUACCACUGCGACGGCUACAAGGACUGCGCCGACGGCUCCGACGAGGCCAACUGCACCGCCAUCGCCUGCCCCGACAACAAGUACCUGUGCCCUAAAGGCGGCCCCGGAGGGACCCACAAGUGUAUUGCCAGGAGCCAGCUGUGCGACGGCAAGAAGGAUUGCGAAGAUAAUGCUGAUGAGGAGACUGCUUGUUCGACUGCAUCAUGUCCAGCGCUGGAAUGCGAGUACAAGUGCGUGGCGUCGCCGGCGGGCGGCGCGUGCGCGUGCGGCGCGGGACUGGCGUUGGCCGCCGACAACCGCACGUGCGCCGACCGCGACGAGUGCAAGGAGUGGGGCUAUUGCCACCAGCUGUGCGUCAAUACUCCCGGCUCGUACCGCUGCGCGUGCGCGCCCGGCUACCGGCUGGUGGACGGCGGGCGCUGCGCCGCGGAGGGCCCGGGCGGCGCGGGCGCGGGCGCGUGGCUGGCGCUGGCGCACGGAGCGGGCGUGGUGCGAAUGGAGCUUCAUGGACGAGCGCCCGCGCCGCUGGCGAAUGCCUCAGCGGCUGCCGGCCUCGACUUCCAUUACAAGAAGAACCUGCUGUUCUGGUCCGAUUUGAAGACGAGGAAGAUCCACUCGCAACAACUGAGCGCGCCAGCGGGACUCAACAGCUACGCAGGCGCCGCCAUAACCGUAGCAGGCUCGUGGGCGCCGACCGCGCUCGCCGUGGACUGGGUGGGCGACAAGCUGUACGUGGCCGACGCCGUGGGGCAGAAGAUCGAUGUCUUCGAGCUGGACGGACGAUGGCACGCUGUGGUGCUGGGGUCCAAUUUGACAAGUCCUGCUGAUAUCGCAUUGGAUCCUACUGUGGGGUUCAUGUUCGUGGCUGAUAGUAGUCAGAUUAUCCGAGCCAACAUGGACGGCACGCACGCCAAAUCGAUUGUAUCCGAAGCUGCUUACAAAGCCUCCGGUAUCGCCGUGGACAUCAUCGCGAAACGCGUGUUCUGGUGCGACUCCUUGCUCGACUACAUCGAGACAGUGGACUAUGAUGGCAACCACCGGUUCCUGGUACUCAGAGGACAGCAGGUCCCCAGUCCCUCCAGAUUAGCAUUAUUCGAGGACAGAGUCUACUGGUCCGACAGCACUAAACAAGGCAUCAGCUCGGUCAACAAGUACGAAGGUGCCUCCAGCAUCCAGGCCAUAUACAAGCAGAAGGACAUCCGAGACCCCAAAGCUAUAACUGUGAUACAUUCUUUAAAACAAACCUCAGUAAACAAUCCUUGUGGAAACAACAACGGCGGCUGCUCGCAAAUGUGUAUAGUGACCGCGCUGCCCAACGGUGGGCUCGGCUACCGCUGCGCCUGCAACAUUGGCUACAGACUAGGAUCUGACUUAAGAAACUGUGAUCUCGUCAAAGAGUUCCUUAUGUAUUCCCAGCAGAGGUUCAUCAAAGGAAAGGUCUUGAAUCCCGUGAUAGAAGGAUUCAGCGAAGCUAUUUUGCCAGUCGUGUCUAGAAGGGCGCGAUUUGUAGGUCUAGAUUUUGACUCAAGGGACGAACAUAUUUACUAUUCGGAUGUCUUACAAGACGUCAUAUACAGGGUACACAGAAACGGGACGACGAGAGAGAUCGUUCUCGCAUCCCAGAACGAGGGCGUGGAAGGUUUAGCUGUCGAUUGGGCAUCCAAAAACUUGUACUACAUCGAUUCUAGGAAAGGAACACUUAACGUUCUAUCGACACGAAACGUGGCUUACAAAAGGACUCUCCUGAAAGACUUGAAAAGACCGCGAGCUAUCGUCGUGCAUCCAAACAAAGGUUACAUCUUCUUCUCCGAAUGGGACCGCCCGGCGAACAUCAGCCGAGCGAACACGGACGGAACCGGUCUUCUGGUCUUCGAGAAUGUCACUCUUGGAUGGCCCAACGGUCUAUCGAUAGAUUUUGAAGAGGACAGGAUUUACUGGUGCGACGCUUUACUAGAUCACGUUCAGCACGCCAAAAUGGACGGAACAGACGUGAAGACCGUGAACUCGAGGUUAAUAAGGCAUCCGUUCUCGAUCGUCAUCCACAAGGAGUUCAUGUACAUCACCGACUGGAGACUGGACGCGAUAGUCCGCCUGCACAAGCUCACAGGGGAGCAGGAGGACAUAAUGGUCCGCGAGCCGCAAACGAACCGGUUGUACGGCGUCAAAGUUUACAGCGAGGAUAUCCAGAAGAUUGAUCCCAUGCAGCCGUGCGCGAGAAACAAUGGCAACUGCCAGAAGCUCUGUUUUGCGAUACCGAGGAAUAACACGGAGCUGUUGACUGUGAAGUGCGGGUGUCCCUAUGGAGAGAAGCUGGCGAACGACGGCACCACAUGUGUUGCAGACCCGAACUCGGAGCCGCCGGUGCAGGCCUGCCCCAACUCCUGGGACUUCACGUGCAACAACCAGCGCUGCAUACCCAAGAGCUGGGUGUGCGACGGAGACGACGACUGCCUGGACAACAGUGACGAGGAGUUCGCCAACUGCACGAAAUCAACAUGCGGCCCUUCGGACUUCAUGUGCAAAUCCGGUCGCUGCAUCCCGGCGACAUUCAAGUGCGACAGCGAGAACGACUGCGGCGACUACUCGGACGAGGCGGGCUGCGUCAACGUGACGUGCAGCUCGUCGCAGUUCCAGUGCGACAACGGCCGCUGCGUGCCCAGUACUUGGAAGUGCGACUCCGAGAAUGAUUGCGGCGAUGGAUCUGAUGAGGGCAGCCACUGCGCGGAGAAGACCUGCGCCUACUUCCAAUUCACGUGCCCUCGCACGGGGCACUGCAUCCCGGCGUCGUGGGUGUGCGACGGCGACGACGACUGCUUCGACAAGCAGGACGAGGCCGACUGCCCGCCCGUGUCCUGCCUCGCCAGCCAGUUCAAGUGCGCCGACCUCAAGCAGUGUGUGCAGGAAGCGUACAAAUGCGACGGCAUCCCGGACUGCAACGACGGCAGCGACGAGGCAGGCUGCCCGUCCCUGGCACCGCACCAGUGCCAGCCCGACAAGCAGUUCCAGUGCCGCUCGUCCGGCAUCUGCAUCCCCACCACCUGGUACUGCGACGGCACCCCGGACUGCGAGGACCUGUCAGACGAACCGACGAUCUGCGGCACGGUGCAGUGCGCCGCCAACUACUUCCGCUGCGACAACGGCCGCUGCGUGUUCAAGGCCUACGUCUGCGACGGCAACGACGACUGCGGCGACGGCUCCGACGAGGGGCUCAAGCACGCCUGCAAGCCGCCGCCGUUCAGGUAA